CCAUAUCGCAAGGAUGUGGACUGUCCCUUCCUGUUUCAGAGCCGACGGAGCCUCCGCGCCGGAGCCUCGCACCGGAGCCGCCGCCACACGCAGGACGCGACGCGCCGCGCGCAAGUGUCUGGAUUCAGGCCGCGGAGCCGCGUCCGCCGCCGCGCGCCGCGGAGCUUUCAGCUGUGGGUCAUGUUCUUCCUCGGGUGACUGGUAACAACAGCGGGGCCUGUUCGCUGCGCUGCCGGCCCUUGUUCCUCCCCCGCGUCGAUGCCUGUCCUCCCCCCGCGCUCUCAUGGCGGAGACGAAAAUCAUUUAUCACAUCGACGAGGAGGAGACGCCGUACCUGGUCAAACUGUGCGCGCCCCCGGACAAAGUCACCUUAGCGGAUUUCAAAAAUGUCCUCAACAACCGACCCGUCAACAGCUACAAAUUCUUCUUCAAAUCCAUGGACCAGGAUUUUGGCGUCGUCAAAGAAGAGAUUUCCGAUGACAACGCCAAGCUGCCGUGCUUCAACGGGAGAGUCGUGUCCUGGUUGGUGCUGGCGGAGAGUGCCCAUUCUGAUGGAGGCUCCCAGUGCACGGAGAGCCACCCGGAGCUGCCCCCUCCCCUGGAGAGGACCGGGGGCAUCGGGGACUCCCGCCCCCCCUCCUUCCACGCAAACGCGGUCAGCAGUCGGGACGGCCUGGACACGGAGACGGGCACCGAGUCGCUCCUGAGCCACCGGCGAGAGCGCGAGCGCGAGCGAGCGCGGAGGAGAGCGCGAGAAACCGAGCUCCCUCGCAUCAACGGUCACUCCAAAUCAGAGCGCACGGCCCGGGACUCGGCCAUGGGCUACGACAGCGCCUCGGUAAUGAGCAGCGAGCUGGAGUCCAGCUCCUUCGUGGACAGCGAGGAGGACGAGGACGCGAGCAGGCUCAGCAGCUCCACAGAACAGAGCUCCUCUUCGCACCUGAUGCGUCGACACAAGCGCCGGCGACGGAGGCACAAAGUGGCCAAGAUCGACCGGUCGUCGUCCUUCAGCAGCAUCACGGACUCAACGAUGAGCCUCAACAUCAUCACCGUCACGCUGAACAUGGAGAAGUACAACUUCCUGGGCAUCAGCAUCGUCGGGCAGAGUAACGACCGGGGAGACGGAGGCAUCUACAUCGGCUCCAUCAUGAAGGGCGGAGCUGUGGCUGCUGACGGCAGAAUAGAACCUGGAGACAUGCUGCUGCAGGUGAACGACGUGAACUUUGAGAACAUGAGCAACGACGACGCCGUGAGGAUUCUCCGAGAGAUCGUUUCCAAAACUGGUCCCAUUAGUCUUACUGUUGCCAAAUGUUGGGACCCGUCUCCACGGAGCUACUUCACGAUCCCUCGUGCUGAGCCAGUGAGACCCAUCGACCCCGCGGCCUGGAUCUCACACACCACCGCCCUGACGGGACCGUACCCGCACUACGAGUUUGACGACCUGCCUCUGUCUGUGAGUAAGACCGACAUGGCGACCAUCGUCAAGGUGAUGCAGCUGCCGGACUCCGGCCUCGAGAUCCGAGACCGGAUGUGGCUGAAGAUCACGAUCGCCAACGCCGUCAUCGGCGCUGACGUGGUGGACUGGCUCUACUCCCGAGUGGAGGGAUUCAAGGACCGGCGGGAUGCGAGGAAGUACGCGAGCAGUCUGCUGAAGCACGGCUACCUGAGACACACGGUCAACAAGAUCACCUUCUCCGAACAGUGUUACUACACCUUCGGGGACCUCUGCCAAAACAUGGCGUCACUCAACCUAAACGAGGGAUCGAGCGGCGGAGGCUCGGAGCAGGACACGCUGGCGCCGCUCCCCCCGCCCAGCAACCCCUGGCCCCUGGGCGGGCAGCCGUUCCCCUACCCUCCCUUUCCCUCCGCGCCCCCCAGCUUCCCACCGGGAUACUCAGACCCGUGCCACAGUUUCCACAGCGGGAGCGCCGGCAGCCAGCACAGCGAGGGAAGCCGAAGCAGUGGAUCCAACCCCAGUGCAGGCAAAGGUAGACGCUCCUCCCCACAGGAGAAGGCUCAGAGUGGGGGGAGGCGCGGCGACAGGUCCGCCAGCCAGAUGAGCCACCACAGCCACGCCCGGUCGGGCCUCAGCCACAGUCAGUCGCACCGGAGCCACGCCCUCUCGCAGAACAGCCACCCCUCCUUCACCCACAGCCACGCCCCCUUCACCCAGCCGGGGCCGGGCUCCUGCGCCCAGAGCGAGCGGAGCCACGCCUCCUCCUACGGACCCCCGGGCUUGCCCCCUCCUUACUGUCUGGCCCGUCUGGCCCCCAAGACCCCGCUCAGCAGCAGCACGCCGCCCGGAGCGCCGCCCGGGAGGGAGUUGGCCGCCGUUCCUCCUGAGCUCACCGCCAGUCGCCAGUCCUUCCAGCACGCCAUGGGAAACCCCUGUGAGUUCUUCGUCGACAUCAUGUGACAGGACAGUGCCUUUAAAAACUCGUCCAGCACAAAACAAUUAUUCCUCCUGAGUCUUUGGCCUCUGACCGUCUCUGAGUUCCGAAUGUAGACGAGCUGCCGCCCUGCGAUCCGUCCGUCCCUCCGACGUCCACAGAGACCACGGGAACAGGCAGCGGUCGGAGGGGAACACGGAUCCUCCGGGACUGAAAACGCCCUUUUGUAUUGACGUGACGUGUACAGUUUGUGAAACGUGAAUGGUAUUAAUGUGGUGAUUCUUUCAAAGCCGCGCGCAGACAUUCUCCCGAGUGUCGACUGUAGAUCACUUCUGUUUCUGCGAGACCUUUAAACAGACUGGGCCUGGAUCUCAAUCCCCCAGACCCAGACCCAGAACAAGGCCCAGACCCAGACCCAGAACAAGACCCAGACCCAGACCCACACCCAGACCCAGACCCAGAACAAGACCCAGACCCAGACCCAGACCCAGAACAAGACCCAG